AUGUUAGAAAUAUGUCAGUCUUGCUUAAAAGCAGACGAUAGCGUUCAUCCGAUGUCCGCUGAAGACGUUCAGACCUCACUGAGUUCGUGUAUUUGUACGUACUGUGAAUGUUUAUUGAGAAAAUUGACGAAAUUUAUAAGACAAUGCAUAAGAUCCGAGAAAUUGUUGCGGACUGAACACAAACAGAUUAGUUCAUUGCCGUCUGCAGUACAACUUUCUAUUUCCGACACAAAAAACUAUUAUCUCGGACCCGAAGAGGUUGUUGCUGGUAUCAAAGACGAGGGUAGUUUCAUCGAGGAGGACGACAUACCUCUUGUAUUCCUGAACGAACAUUAUGCCUGCGAGGAUGAUGAUAUAGAGGGUCAGUCGGAUGUCAAGUCGGAGAAAGAUGAUUAUAAGACCGCAGAAAGAAAAAAGAUAAAGAAAGAUGUGAAAGAAGGAUUUUCAUCGCGUAUGGUGACUGAGACCGAGGAGUACGUCGUCAUUAAAUUGACUAAGGAACAGAUUUUAGAGGAAAUGCAUCAACAGUCGAUGACAGAGAAGUACAAAGUGCUUCCAUACAAGUGCGACAAGUGUGUCCGCGGUUUUAACUUCGAGGACGUUUUACGGAAGCACAUGGAGAAACACGAUUCUAAAAAUGGACCAUUCCAAUGCGAACUGUGCACCCAAUACUGUCCAACGAAGGUUUCAUUGAGGGGACAUUUGAAGUCGCAUUCAACAAGGUAUAAAUGUAAAUUGUGCGGUAUCGUGCGCUUGUCGCGACAGCACGUUUUGGAACAUUACUCACUAGAACACACACACACAGCCACCGUAUACAAAUGUCCGCAAUGCGAACACACAACUAAUAAGCGAACAGCCAUGCAGCGUCACGUGCGACUCCACUCGAAAUGCGAGCCGGUCAAGUGUGAUCUGUGUGGAAAAACUUACAAGAGCAAAGAAUCUCUCAGAAUACACAUAAUGCGUCACGACGAGCAGAAGCUGCAUCAGUGCGAGUUCUGCAGCAGCAGCUUCGUGUACGCGGCGCAGUUAAGGAAACACAUACGCUCGGUGCACGAGAAUAAGGACUAUUAUUGCGUGGAAUGUGACAUAAUGUUUAAAUCCAUGGAUAACUUGAAGCAACAUUUGCAAAGAGCAAAACGACAUAGAGAUUCUUCGUCAUACAAAUACACGUGCCCUCAAUGCCCAGAGAGAUUUAUCUCCCAAUCAACGCUAGCCACUCAUAGGACAAACGCACACGGAGCGGCCAAGAGCGAGAGCUGUUCCGUGUGCGCCAGGAAGUACAGCAGCCUGGAGGCGCUAAGGUGGCAUACACGGAGGUGUCACACUACCGAACAUACCAGGAUAAAGUGUGACGUCUGCGAUAGGAGCUUCUCGCGAGCCUACGUCCUCCGUGUGCACAUGCGCACACACACAGGGGAACGCCCGCACAUGUGUGAGUGUGGUGCGACCUUCACGCAGGCCGCGGGUCUUAGAGCUCAUGUGGUGGCGAAGCAUAAAAAAUAAAAGAGCUGUCAAAAGUUGUCACCGUGACAGGAAGGAUGGAUAGACAAAAUAAAUUGAAUAUGAUUUUA